GCACGAGUGAACCACUCAUAACGUAAGCCAUCAAAACGUAAACACAAUUUGUAAGCAAAACAGCGUUUGAAUCGUUGUCUCAAACAUAAAGUGAAGUGUUUUUGGGAUUCAAUAGUGAUUUCACUAAAUUAGCGGACAAUACAAACAUGUCUUCAAAUGCCACUCAAUUAAGUCAACAACAGUUUAAGAUUGUAUUAUUAGGCGAGGGAUGUGUUGGGAAGACAUCACUGAUGCUGAGAUACUGUCAAAAUAAAUUCACUGAAAACCACGAGUCGACACUUCAGGCCUCGUUUUUGACCAAAAAGUUUAUCAUAAACAACACUCGCGUUCAGCUCUCCAUUUGGGAUACGGCCGGUCAGGAGCGGUUCCACGCGUUGGGACCCAUCUAUUACAGGGACUCCAACGGCGCGCUUCUGGUGUACGACAUCACAGAUCCGGACUCUCUGUCGAAAGUGAAGUCAUGGGUGAAAGAGUUGCGCAAAAUUCGCGGCAAUAAUGUGGUUCUGGCGGUCGUCGGCAAUAAGACAGACCUCCUCUCCCCUCAGCAGCAAAGCAAUGGCGCCGACAACCAGAUCAUCGAUGAGGCGCAGAAGUACAGCCAAUCCGUUAACGCUUAUCAUUACUGUACGUCCGCUAAGAGUAACCGCGGAAUCGAUGACCUGUUUCUUGACUUAACUAAAAAAAUGUUAGCACAAAACCAGUUAAUUCAAGAACAAACACAAGUCAAGUCCCGGUCCUCAGCGUCGGCUCCCAACCAGAGAGGUCUUACAAUAGCCGCAGACCCGCCCACUGAUGAAGAGGAGGGCGCAGACACCCGACGGAACAAAUGUUGCUAAUCUUUAAUGUUAUUAUUGUUUAAUAUAAAAGUUAUUUUUGUUUUAAUUGAAAUUAUUCUUUGAA